GCCAUCUCGCCCGACAUGAGGUUCGGCCAACAGCUCAAGCAGUCGCUCAACAAGGAGUGGGUCUUCUACUACAUCGACUACGAGGGCCUUAAGAAUGCCCUGCGCGUCCACCACAUAUGGGAUGAGAAGUCGGAACAGAGCUUCGUCGAGCAGCUGGAGAAGGAGCUCGACAAGGUCUACACCUUCCAGCGCGUCAAGAGUGAGGAGAUCAUCCGCCGCAUAGCAUCGUCGGAGAAGGAGGUCAGCGAUGCUGUUGCGCGGGCACAGCAGGCUCUGGGCCAGGACAGCGACUCUUUCGAAGAGGACUUUGACCUGCUCGAAGAGGACCUGAGCGACAUCAUCGCCGAUGUGCACGACCUGGCCAAGUUCACCCAAUUGAACUAUACGGGCUUCCAGAAGAUCAUCAAGAAGCACGACAAAAGCACCAGCUGGGUCCUCAAGCCUGUCUUCGCCGCCCGCCUCAAACGCAAGCCCUUCUUCCAAGACAACUACGACUCGUACGUAGUCAAGCUCUCGAGGCUUUACGACAUCGUCCGCACACGCGGCAACCCGGUCAAGGGCGAUGCAUCCGCGGGAGGAAAGCAGCAGAAUUUCGUUCGCCAGACAACCAAAUACUGGGUGCAUCCGGACAACAUUCUCGAGCUAAAGCUGAUUAUCCUCAAACAUCUUCCUGUCCUGGUAUUCAACCCUAACAAGGAGUUUAACGAGGAAGACUCUGCCAUUACAUCCAUUUACUAUGAUAACACAGAGACAUGGGAGCUGUACAUGGGUCGUUUACAGAAGACGGAGGGUGCGGAAGCGAUCCGCUUGCGCUGGUAUGGAGGCAUGUCCAGCGACACUAUUUUCGUCGAGCGAAAGACACAUCGUGAAGACUGGACCGGCGAGGAAUCUGUAAAGGCUCGGUUCAAGUUGAAGGAGAAGAACGUCAAUGCGUUCCUCCGCGGUGAGCUGAGGCCUGAGCAGGUCUUCGAGAAGGAGCGCAGGGAGCAGAAGAGAUCAGAGAAGGACAUUGCUUCGGAUGAGCAACUCGCCCGCGAGAUCCAGUAUCGCGUACUCACCCGCAAGCUCGUCCCCGUCACUCGCUCCUUCUACCAUCGAACUGCCUUCCAGCUCCCCGGAGAUGCUCGAGUCCGCAUCUCACUCGACACGGAGCUUUCCAUGACCCGCGAGGACAAUCUAGACGGCAAGAAGCGCGCAGGCGACAAUUGGCGUCGUAUGGACAUUGGUGUGGAUUGGCCAUUCAAACAGCUUCCAAAAGAUGACAAGGAGCUAUUCCCCUACGCUGUUCUCGAAGUCAAGCUGCAAACUCAAGCCGGACAAGAGCCACCGCAAUGGAUCCGCGAUCUCACUUCCUCGCAUCUCGUCGAAGCUGUGCCCAAGUUCUCCAAGUUCAUUCAUGGAACCGCCACGCUUAAUCCCAAGAGGAUAAACCUGAUUCCAUACUGGACUCCGCAGAUGGAUGUUGACAUCCGCAAGCCUGUUAGUCACAAAUUUGGCAUUGAAAGGCCCGGGGCAAGCAACGACAUCAGCACGAGCGGUAACCUCGACGACGAUAGCGACGACGAAGAUGCCGUCAUGGGGCUUCCGGGUGCUAACGGCGACGAAGAUGAUGAUCGGCUCAGAAGGCUUCGUGAAGCUCGCGAUGUCAUGGAGCAGAACGAGAUGGCCCGUACUCGCGACUAUGGUACCCUCACUAACGCAAAUGAUCCGAAUACGCUUGACAUUGAGGAGCGUGUGGCGGCCGGACGAACCCGCGAUAAUGACCACCCCAUCUACGACUCGGACAGUGAUGAUGAAGAGGAGGAUUACGCGGUGGCGAAGAGGGAAGGAGGCCUUCGAUACUACCGGAAAUGGGCGGAGCAUACAGCUACUCAUGUUGGAACUGUGCUUAUCAACGGCUUCAUUGCCAUCAUCCCUAAGCCGACGCCUACGGAUGUGGGCGACGGUGGCUUCUCGCUGGGUGUACCGACAUGGAAACAGGCCGGCGAGGUGAAGAGGUUCAAGGCGCCGAAGGGAAAGCGCAUACACGUCCCCGUCCGCGUCGAGCCAAAAGUCCAACUAGCAACCGAGCGCACUUUCCUCUCGUGGCUCGAAUUCUCUAUCCUCAUCAGCUCCAUUGCCGCUACCCUGCUGAACUUUGGCGACGGGCUCGCCUUCGCCGCCGCAUGGGCAUUUACUACCGUCGCUUGUAUCGCGCUCCUUUACUCUGCUGGCUUGUAUCUGUGGAGAGUGAAGAAGAUUAAGGAGAGGAGAGCUGUCGUGUAUCACGAUAAGUGGGGGCCUACGUUGCUGUGUGUGGGUCUCUUUGCGGCGGUAGCUGUGAGCUUUGGAUAUCGAUUUGGGAAGGGUGGAUAUGAUGGAGGCUUGAAAGGGGGAAUGAAAGGAUAGAGGUGGAGAGAAUUUGUAGAUGGAAAUCAUCAAGAGGUGGCCAGAGGAGAGAGGGGUUUAAAUAUGAUACGGCUGGACGAUUCUUGUAGUAUAGUAUAGCGUUGAACCAGUAUUACCUACUUGGGUACAUAAUAAUGAGCUCAAAUGAGAACGAGAGCUUUGUUUAUAAUUACCGUCUUUUAGCCAUGUAACUUGUCUUAGAAUGCCUUAAGUUCCAUGUAAAAAGCAAUCCUUAGCUAGUGUUAGUAUAGCGAAUCUUAGAGGCUACUAGGAAUAAACAACUGGAAAAAGGCAUCGGUUAGUUUGUUGUUUUGGGUCACAUGGUCCACCAUAAAGUGGAGACAGAUUGAUAUAGUUGUUGAUGAAGGACAUUGUAUUAGAUGAAACCCAUAAA